AUGAGCCUUCUUCAGAAAGCUUGGAAGCUGAUCAGGCUUCGUAAAGAUCGAGAACGAGUCGUCGUGCUUGGAAGUGGAUGGGCAGGUUACACAGUCGCGAGGGAGCUGGACGCGAAAAAGUACCAAGCUGUGGUCGUGUCUCCCAGGUCUUAUUUUGCUUUCACACCUCUUCUUGCAUCGACGUCAGUCGGUACACUCGAGUUCCGCACUGCGUUAGAACCCAUUCGGACCAGGCGUACAAACGUGAGCUUCUUUCAAGGCUGGGCAGAUGGGGUCGACUUCAAGAAUAGAAAGAUUACAAUCGAGGAAGCGGUCGAUGAUCCUACAUCUUCGUUGGCACUGACGCAUGAUCGACAUGCGCACCAGACCCAAGAGCAGAGACAGGAGGAGAGGAAGCUAGAGGCCAAGAAAGGAAGACUUUUUGAUCUGUCAUACGACAAGCUGAUUGUGACUGUGGGAUGCUAUUCGCAAACAUUUGGAACUCCGGGAGUAAAAGAACACGCUCUCUUUCUAAAGGACGUCGGUGACGCGCGCAAGAUCAGGAACCGAUUGUUGGCAUGCUUCGAGGCUGCUGCUUUGCCAACAACAACAGAUGAAAUGCGACGCCAGCUACUCACUUUCGCGGUCGUGGGUGGUGGACCUACGGGUAUUGAAUUCUCUGCCGAACUCCACGAUAUUAUUACGGAAGAUCUAGCACGUGUUUACCCUGAACUGGUUCCCUUUCACAAAAUCACGGUAUACGACGUUGCCCCCAAGGUUCUGCCGAUGUUCGACGAAAAACUCGGGAAGUACGCCAUGGAGACGUUCAAACGCGAAGGCAUCGAUAUAAAAACGAGCCACCACGUAGAGGGACUUCGACCUGGGGCCCCGGGAAUCCAGCCUGGCGAAUCAGACGAGCAUUCGGUCUUCACAUUGAAGAUCAAAGAGGAAGGUGAGAUUGGUGUUGGAAUGGUGGUGUGGUCGACAGGUCUCAUGCAGAAUCCUUUUGUUGCGGACGCACUUAAUGGAGUGAACGGUACUCCUAAGACGCUUGAAUACACAGGAGCGGCGUUGCAAGAGGCAGAGAAUGGCCCAGACUCUAUCUCGUGGAAGGUCAAGAAAGACCAGAAGACGGGCUCGAUUAUGACAGACUCACGUCUUCGUAUCAAACUGACUGGCGACAACGACAACAACCCUGACGCUAUUCUCAAGGAUGUGUUUGCACUCGGUGAUUGCGCGAUAGUAGAGGGUACAAGCUACCCUGCUACUGCACAAGUUGCUUCUCAGAAAGCGUCGUGGCUGGCCAAGCGGUUAAACAAAAACGACAUGGAGAAGGGAGGUUUCAAGUUCAAGAAUCUGGGCGUCAUGGCGUACGUCGGAAACUGGAACGCCUUGUUCCAAGGUGGGGAAGGGUCCAAUAUCUCCGGACGGCUGGCAUGGAUAAUCUGGCGUGGAGCGUACCUCACGAAGAGCGUGAGUUGGAGGAACAAGAUCCUGAUUCCAAUGUAUUGGAUGAUCAACUGGAUAUUCGGGCGUGACAUCAGUCGCUUUUGA